AUGAGGCUAGCGGCACUCGGCAGGCAGGCGGCCGGCAGCGGCGCGCCGGUUGCCGCGGCGGCCCCGAGGGCGCGUGGGCGCGGGACGGGUGCGGAGGGUCGGCACUCGACUGUCGACGUGAUGCUCCAAUGUUUUUCAUCCUCCGCAGUGCCGGGAGAGGCUAGCGCUGGCGGACGUCGUGAUGGGUCCAGCGGGGUGCGGGGACCACGGACAACUCAGGGCAGGAAACGUUUGGAGAAACUCCCGAGCACAAUGGCGGCGGCGCGUCGCAGGGGGAGCCCUCGCAAUCGAUAUGCUGUCGCUAAGGUCCGUUGGCCGCUGCUGCUGAGGCGGAUGCGUCCCCCGCGCCCCGAACCCCGCUAG